AGUCAGUGUGUCGCCUCUAUGGGUGGUGUUAGUAGGCGUCUGUUUCAACUCCCAGCCUGACAGAUUUUUUAUUUUUAUUUUUUUUGUGUGUAACCACGCCUACACAGUGGCUGCCAAGGCUUACCCAUGAGUUAAACCUUCUUUAGUUGGUAAUGAGGAAGGCGUGGGCUCUAGCAGAGGACACCCGAAGGCAGCAGUGGGUGAAAACAAGCAAAAUAAAGAAAAGUUUGGCUGUGAGAAGGUGCUAGACAGCCAGCCAUAGUGACAAGGAGGCACCACCACCAUCACCACCACAGGGAAGGUUGACCCCUCUGGCUCCUCUCUGAUGGUGAAAGCAAGUGACGGCAAGAUGGUGAUGGUGACCCUGCCCAACCCCCUCCAGGACAACUUGGAGGGCGUCAUUGAGGUGCACGGUGUGGGUCAGGGGCAGAAGGUGAUGUGCCAGAGUUACAUCACGUUCCCCCAAAUGCAGGCCGACAAGUUUGAUGCAGCACUGUACGAUGAAGCGCUCAAGCUUAUUCAGUCUGUGAGGGACAACCCAUGGAAGCCAGAUAUCCCUCCAACAUUUUCUUCUCCUUGGAGGGCAAAGUGAAGGUGGGUGACUUCGGCCUGGUCACCACCAUUGCGGAGGAGGAGGAGCAGCAGGCCGCCUACACGCCUGCCACACACCUGCAGAGGUUCCCCGCUGAGCGCACGCAUACUCAUCGUGUUGGAACUCGCCUCUACAUGAGUCCAGAGCAGGUGAGUGGGCAGGUGUACGACUACAAGGUGGACAUCUACUCACUGGGCCUGGUGUUCUUUGAGAUGCUGGUGCCCUUUGGGACGGGCAUGGAGCGCCUGGCCGUCAUGACGCGGCUCAGGGAGGAGCUGCUCUUCCCUCCAAAGUUUGAGGACAACUUCCCUGAUGAGAGCUCCCUCCUCAAGCUGAUGCUGUCCCGGGACCCAGUGUGCCGCCCCACCACACGCGGCCUGAGAGCCCGGCGGCCGCUGCGUCCCCUGCAGGGCCGCAGCGUGGAGGACAUCUUGCCAGAGGACCACUUCCGCCUGUCCCGCCAACGCUCCCACUUCACCGCCUCCUCCUCUUCCACUACAUCACUCUCCACCUCCUCCACCACCUCCACUUGAUGAAGUAUUCCUCCAUGAGUUGUGUCAUGAGUUGUAAUUACAGCAAAAUCCCUCUCAUCCGGCAUUCGAGUAUCCGGCAGCUUCAAGUAUCCGGCACAUUUUUCCCCGAGCCUUAAAAUCAAUAAAAAAUCAAUGUGUACUCAUAAAAUCGAUUAAAAUUCACACGCGAGGCAUACUUUGUCCCCUCGCUACCAGAGCACUCUGCUUUGCACCACCUGUGGCCCACUGCACUGUGUUUACUCAGUGACUCAGUCCCGCAUGUGCACUGUUUAUCGCCUGACGCCUUCAUCAUGCCUAAAGUUGUAGAAAAGAGGAAGCGUGUUGUGCUUACACUUAAGCAGCUGAUCUUUGUUAUGGUAAGAUGGGUGAGUGUAGGCUGGUGAUUGUGGACAUAACUUCACUUCUAUUCAAGUAUCCAGCAAUAUUCAAAUAUCCGGCAUGUCGGCGGUCCCGUUGAUGCCGGAUAAGAGGGAUUUUACUGUAUCAUUCUUUUUUAUCCUUCAUUUAUCUCUGCCUCUUCCUCCUCCUCCUGCUCCUCCUCUUCCUCUUCCUCCACUUGAUUGAACAUUCCUCUUGCCUCUGUCUGUGUGUGUGUGUGUGUGUGUGUGUGUGUGUGUGUGUGUGUGUGUGUGUGUGUUUUUAAUUAGUAGUAUUAUGAGUGUAAAUAAUGUUAAGGUGAUGUGUCUUUGGGGGGAGAGGCAGGGGAAUGUAUUGUGAAGUAAUGAGUGAUGCUAUUCCAGAUACAGCUGUGAUAUUAAUGGGUUCCGGACACACACACACACACACACACACACAUACACUAGGGAUGGGCCAGCAUUUCUACAUUAAUUUCACUCAUAAACAAUUUUAAAUAACCUGAGACAUCUAAUAUAAACAACGGCAGUAACGUAACUUACAUUGUAAUUCAUUAUCUACAUUUACACUUCAAAGAUAACUUCCUCCCUACAAAAAUCUAACAUGACAACUUCUCAUGUGAAUUAUAUUGUAGGUUUAAAUCUUGUAGGGUGAAUAUUUUUAAAAGUUUACCAAAUGGGGCAUUGAAAAGUUGCAGUACAUUAGAUGCACCUAUGUUGUUGAUGUCACAAGGGGUUCAUAGCUAGUCUUGGCAAUACUGAUACAAUCCUUCCAUGCUUUUAAGGGUCUUGUAUGGUCUUAUUGUUGUUUAAGCAGCUCUGUAUGUAAAUAGGUAGAUUUGGUAUUGUUAUUUAUUUAUUAUUGAUUUGUUUAUUUAUUUAUUUUAUUUAUGUGUUUUUUAUUUGAAAGUAGCCAUAUUCUUAAGGUUUUUAUGGUUCUGUUUAUUAUUAUUUGGGCUGUCCUGUGUUUGUGAUUGCUGGACUGAUAUAUAAAUGGGUAGUUUUAUUAUUAUUAUUUUAUUUAUUUAUUUUUUUAUUAUUUUUGAUAUUUUUAUUAUUUUCUUGUUUAUUUUUGUCUUAUUUAUUUAGCCUGCCUGGCAUACAGUUAGAUUUAUUGUUAUUUUCUUGUUUAUUUGUUUAUAUCGUUUUAUUUUAUUUACUGUUUGUUUAGUUAAUGAUUUAGUGUUAUUGGUAUUUUUUGUGUUUAUUUGUGUAUUCGGUUUUAUUUAUAGCUAUAUAUUUAUUUAUUUUUAUUUAUUUAUUUUUUUUAGUUUAGAGUCUGGCCAACAGGGAAAAACUAACAACAAUUAACCCAAAAUUACAAUUACUAUUUGUAUAUCAUUACUUUUCAUAUUAAGGAGACUGGCCAAGGCAGAAAAAAAAGUUCCUGAGGUGUCUAAUACUCCUCUUUUGAGAUAGAAACACUGACAGGCAGAGUCCCAGAGUGCACCAGUGAAGGGGUGAAACAAUGACAAUACUGCCUGGCUCUUGCACUAGUGAGGUGGACAGAAUAGGGAUGAGAAUAAAGAGAAAUUGUCAUAGGAAAUACAAACUGGCAGAUUUUAGAGUGUAACAGUGAAGGGGUUGAAAAAGUGGAGGUACUGUUUAGCUCUUGCACUAGUGGGGUGGACAGAAUAGGAGAGGAUUCUUAAAAGUUUGGCAUUGUUAGCUUGAAAGAUUAUACUUGAAAGAUUAUUACAUGUUGAAAGGACAGAAUAGGGAUGAAAAUAUAUAGAAAGUCUUGUGAAGAUACUGGUUAACUCUUGUACUAGUGAGGUAGACAGAAUAGGAGGGCAUUCUAAGAAGUUUGGCAGUGUUAGUUUGAAAGGCGAUACUUAAAAAGACUUAUUACAUAUUUAAAGGACAGAAUAGGGGUGAAAAUAAAUGAGAAUAAGUAGAAAGUCUUGUUAUCAGGGGGACAUGAGAAAACUUUUGGCAGUGUUACUUUAAAAGUCAAUACUUAAAAAGAUUACUACAUAUUUAAAGUAACCGGUGAUACUUAAAAAGAUUACUACAUAUUUAAAGUAACCGGUGAUACUUAAAAAGUUUACUACUCAUUUAAAGAACAGAAUAGGGAUGUGAAUAAGUGAAAAUAAGCAGAAAAGUUUGGCAGUUUAAGUUUUAAAGAAGCAUUAACGCUUAAAACAAAACGACAGAACAGUGAAGAUAAGUGAGAAGCCUUUUAAUAAGAAGAGAUUCUAUAAAAUUUACCAGUAUUAGUUUAAGAGGUCAUAAAAGAUUACUAUAUAUUAAAAGACAACAUUAGACCUACAUCCAUCACACAAUGGCAAAACAGGUACAAACAACACGAGAUCUUCAGGUCCCAAUGAGAGUGUUUGUAUUUGUGGUGGUAACACUGCACGCCAAAGACACCUCAUAUGUUUGUUUGCUGCCGAACACUGAAGGUUGACUUAGACGUGUGGAAUCAAACAGCUGUGUGCGUUGUGAGUAGUUGUGAAUACGUUACUUAUGCCUAAAAAAGUGUGCUAAAAAUAUCUGUGACAUUUAGGUGAGUUAGAGAGGAGGUGAAGAGACAGAAAGAGGUGAGAUGAAGCGAGAUGAGUUUGUUACCGACUUUUUUCACCUCACAUCACCUCUGUCUCUCUCCUGAACCUCUAAAAAAAUAUGUAUAAUGCAUUUAGACAAGUUAGGAAGGAGGUUAAGAGAGAGAGGUGAGAUGAAGUGAGAAUAUUCCUAUGUAUUUUCUCUCAUAACACCUCAUAUCACCUUUUGUCUCCCCUGAACCUCUAAAAAUAUCAACAAUGAGACAUUUAGACAAGUUAGGGAGGUUAAGAGAGAGAGAGGUGAGAUGAAGUGAGAUUAUUCCUGUCUCUCUCCCAGCUUAAACUUUCAAAAAUAUUUAUAAUGAGAAAUGUAGACAAGUUAGAGAGGUUUAGAGAGAUAGAGGUGAGAUGAAGUGAGAUUAUUGUUUUGUUUCUUGCCUAACACCUUUCUCUCUCUCCUUCUCUUGGCCUCUGCCUCCUCAAAAAGAGCCUAUAUUAAUGAACUGGUGAUGGUACGUGCCUAUAAUAGCUUGUAACAACAUUUCAUCAUAAAAUCUGCCAAUCAAUGCUGGUUGAAUUAUAAUCAUUGUCAUUCCUCAUGCUAAGCUUAGUAUUAUUAUUAUUAUUAUCAUGUCAUGCAUUACUCUUUUCAUUUGUUUCCUGCACCGUCAUUUGUGCAGGAAAUAUCAUGAUGUUUUGGUUGCAAGAGUCCAUGUAUAUAUAGAUUGAGCCAUCGUAUUCAUGUUUUUCAUUGUGUAGUGUUGUAAAUAUACUUUAUCUGUAAAUAAAAAAUGUAUCAU